GCCAAUGGCUAGUCUUCAAUUCUCCUUCAAAUUAUCAGAUCCCACCUCCCAAAUGAGGUGGGCUAAUGAAGUUGUUUCGGAGCCUGGCCCAUGCAAGAAAAUUGCGCGUGCUCUAGAGGAGUUCCAAGCAAAACAGCUGAAAAUAGAUGAAAAGUUUCUGCAGAAACUAGACCAACUAAUUGGUGUGGCCAAAAAGGCUGAAGUUAACGAUAAAGAAAUCUUUAAGAAGGCGCUGGAUGACCUUGUUAAUGUCAACUCACUCUUCACGGUGGCUGUGUUCGUGGGGCUAUCCCUGGCUUCUCGCAACCAAUACAGCCUUGAAAAUCGACACGAAUGUGACGCAGGUCCAGGGGUGGCAAAGAAACUCGUCGUCUUUGAAGAAGAACCUUUAGAUCAAGAGAAAUCAACAGCUUAG